UUGGAAUUCGAUUUCCUCUCUGGAGUGGUACUUAGAAGCGUAUUCCAGCAGUUUCUACCCCCCUUCCCCUCAACCUAAACACAUACUAAUACAAAUAACGUAUAUACUGUGCACCAGGCACUGUUUUAAGCAGUUCACGCAAAGUAUCUCAUUCCUCGCAAGCAUUGAGUUAGAUACCAUUAUACUCCCCCGCUUGUUAAAUAACUUGCCCAAGGUCCUACAGGUAGGAAGUUUCGGAGCCCAGACUCAAGCUUAGAUACACUGUCACUCCAGAGCCCACGUUCUUGACGACACUAUGGUGCUUCUGGAGCUGCCUUAUAUGUUGAAGGGGCAGGUAGAUGGACAAGCAGAAAACGUGGUUGGGCCGGCAGAGGGACACGGAGAGGGCAAAGGACGUAAGCGCACUCCUUGCGGGGCUGCAAAAGCGCUCACCUGUCAGCCCGGGGACAGUUCCCACCGCUCUUCGCCACUUCCGGUCCCAGCCCCGCCUCUGUGUUCCCGCCGUGAGUUUCGCGUUCAAGAAUUUUGGCCCCAGCGCCGAGCCGUCUCCCCGCCGUCGCCGCUGCCAUGGCGGCAGCUCCGCUGCUCUCCAAGGCCGAGUACCUGAAGCGUUACUUGUCUGGGGCAGCUGCCGGCGUCGACGGGGGCUCUGACUCCGGUCGCAAGCGUCGCAGAAAGCGGCCGAAGCCUGGCGGGGCCGGCGGCAAGGGAAUGCGGAUUGUGGAUGAUGAUGUGAGCUGGGCAACUAUCUCUACCACUAAACCGGAAAAGGAGGAAGAAGAUGAUGGAGAUUUGCCUGUGGUGGCUGAGUUUGUGGAUGAGCGGCCAGAAGAGGUAAAGCAGAUGGAAGCCUUUCGCUCCAGUGCCAAAUGGAAGCUUCUGGGAGGCCACGGUGAACAUCUACCCUCACACAGACACUUCCGUCAUGACUCCCCAGAUUCAUCUCCUCCCAGGAGGGUCCGUCACGACACCCCGGAUUCAUCUCCUCCCAGGAGGGUACGUCAUGACACCCCAGAUUCAUCUCCUCCCAGGAGGGUCCGUCACGACACCCCGGAUUCAUCUCCUCCCAGGAGGGUCCGUCACGACACCCCGGAUUCAUCUCCUCCCAGGAGGGUCCGUCACGACACCCCGGAUUCAUCUCCUCCCAGGAGGGUCCGUCACGACACCCCGGAUUCAUCUCCUCCCAGGAGGGUCCGUCACGACACCCCGGAUUCAUCUCCUCCCAGGAGGGUCCGUCACGACACCCCGGAUUCAUCUCCUCCCAGGAGGGUCCAUCCAUCUCUUCCUGGUAGGGCCCAUCACAAUUCCUCAGAUAGCUCUGUUCCCAGAAGGGCCCGAAAUAGCUCCCCUGACACAUCUCAACCUAGAAGGACUCUUGACUCCUUGGACACAUCGCAGCUCAGGAGGGCCCGUCAUGACUCCCCUGAUUUGGCUGCUAAUGUCCCUCAUUCGCUGCCCAGAACCAAAAGUGGAAAAGCUCCAGAAAGAGCCUCUAGCAAAAUUUCUCCACAUUGGAAGGGGCCAGGACCAUCUCAUGCAUCACUCCCAAAGAACAGCAAGUAUGAGUAUGACUCCGACCUCUCUCCUCCACGAAAAAAGCAAGCAAAAUCCCAUAAGCAUGAUUCUAAAGGCUCUUCGCCCAGCCAUAGGAGGUUUCACACAAGCUCUUCACCUAGGAGACAUCAGAGCCACGUGUUGGACUCUUCCUCCUACCCAAGUGACAGUCGGAAAGCCUCUGAUUCAUAUCUUUCUCCUCCACGGCAUAAGCAAAGUUCAGGGCACAAGGAUUCUGAUUCAGAUCUGUCACCUCCACGGAAUAGACCUACACAUCGGAGCUCUGAUUCUGACCUGUCUCCACCAAGGAGGAAACAGAGGGCCAAAUCUUCUGAUUCUGAUCUGUCUCCACCUCGAAGGAGUCAGCCUCUAGGAAAGAAGGCUGCACACAUGUAUUCUGGGGCUAAAACUGGGUUGGUGUUAACUGACAUACAGCGAGAGCAGCAGGAACUCAAGAAACGGGACCAAGAAACCCUGGCGUUUGAAGCUGAAUUCCAAUAUGCUGAAACCGUAUUUCGAGAUAAGUCUGGUCGUAAGAGGAAUUUGAAACUGGAACGUUUAGAGCAAAGGAGAAAAGCAGAAAAGGACUCGGAGAGAGAUGAGCUGUAUGCUCAGUGGGGAAAAGGGCUAGCCCAGACCCGGCAGCAGCAACAAAAUGUGGAGGAUGCAAUGAAGGAAAUGCAGAAGCCUCUGGCCCGCUAUAUUGAUGAUGAAGAUCUGGAUCGGAUGCUGAGAGAGCAGGAAAGAGAGGGGGACCCCAUGGCCAACUUUAUCAAGAAGAAUAAAGCCAAGGAGAACAAGAAUAAGAAAGUGAGACCUCGCUACAGUGGUCCCGCACCUCCUCCCAAUAGAUUCAAUAUCUGGCCUGGAUAUCGCUGGGAUGGAGUGGACAGAUCCAAUGGAUUUGAACAGAAGCGCUUUGCCAGGCUUGCCAGCAAGAAGGCGGUGGAGGAACUUGCCUACAAGUGGAGUGUUGAGGAUAUGUAACUUUUCUGAGGCUGUGGGGUGGCUGUGGGUUGUGGUAGUGGACAUAGGCCAGCCAGACAUCCAGCUCUAACAGUUGUCUAUGCUAAUAAUCAGGGUCCACACAGACCAGCAACUUAAAUGCCAGUUUUGACUAUAGAAGAAUAUUUUGAGACCUGAUGUUUGGACAGAGGCACCUGCACUUCUCAGUUGUGCAACACUGGCUAUUGCUGGCCUUCAGAGGAAGUGUUGAUUUUUCAGCAUCCCAGGGUUUGUUCUUGGUUAGGGUUUUUCUUUUUUAAUAAACAUGCAUUUAUUUUUUCAAAA